CCGGCUCCAAAGGCUUUGGCGGACAGCCGGGAGAGCUCGAAACCUAAAUGUGCUGCAGCUUUCUGGACUGUCUUAAUAUAACAUUUUAAUGGGAAAUUCGUUGCAUUGGAAGACCAUUGACACGUUCUUGAGCGUGGAAGUGCUCACAGGUCCUUGGUGAGUGCUGUCCGUCUCCUAGUGUCCUCCACCAGCCUUUGAAGUGAGGCCAGACGUGUCAACUACAACCAAAAACACUCCUUCCUGUCCCUCUUACCACCUUCCCACCAAAGGAAGUAAAUUGGUGUUGUAAAUCCUUAGAGGAAUUAUUCCACUUUACAGGAGCUAAAUAUGGGAAACCAGUUAACAGAAAUAGCCCCCAACCUCCAGUCAUUGCAUGUAGUAGUGAUCGGUUUGGACUCUGCAGGGAAAACAUCCCUCCUCUACAGGCUCAAGCUGCGAGAGUUUGUUGAGACAAUCCCCACCAAGGGAUUCAACAUGGAGCGGAUUAAAGUCCCCGUGGUGAGCUCCAGAAUAAACACCACCACAUUCCAGGUGUGGGAUGUCGGCGGCCAGGACAAACUGAGGCCCCUCUGGAAGUCAUACACCAGGAGGACAGAUGGGCUGGUGUUCGUGGUGGAUGCGGUGGAGAUGGAGCGAAUGGAAGAGGCCAAAGUAGAGCUCCACCGGAUCACUCGGUCGCCGGAGAACCAAGGGGUGCCCUUGCUGGUUCUGGCAAACAAACAGGACUUGGAUGGAGCCAUGUCAGUUUCAGAGGUGGAGAAGGCGCUGGCCCUCCAUGAGCUGAGUUCAUCCACGCUGCACCACACGCAGGGUUGCUCGGCGCUGGAUGGUCAGGGUCUGCAGCCCGGCCUGGAGAAACUCUACGAGAUGAUCCUGAAGCGGAAGAAGAUGCUCCGACACAGCAAGAAGAAGAGAUGAGGUGGGGCGGAUGACAGAGGUUACAUCCUGAGCCUCUACUUGUCUGAGGAACUUCUCAGCGGGAAUAUGUCUGACAGUUUUGGAACUGCAAUGGGUGAAACCAGUGGGAAGCCUGACAGUCCUUCAGAUGAGUUGGGUUGUUUCCAACCAAGUUUAGCUCUGAAGUCUGUGCCCAGUGUGAACAUCAUCUUUCACCCUCUGGACAUGUGAGCAGACCUAACCUCAUGUGGGAUCGUUUGUCGAGCACCUUCCCUCUCCUCAACUCCCACCCUUUAAGGCGGAGAAACUUGCAUCUCUACACGGACAGUGGAGAGGGAACGACAGAGGAAGAACCAGUGCAAUAUAUGAUGAACACUCACUCACUCCAGCAUUGAAGGAUAUUUUGAACCACUAUUUGUACAGACCUGUAGUGACAGGAACAGUAACAGGAACUUGCAGACCUGGUCUGAGCCUAGUUCCUGUUCCUUUAACCAAAUUUCAUUGUUACAGAUUAUUAUAAAUAUUUAUGUUACAUGAUGUUCACCCAGAUAGCUGUGUGGAAAUAUUAAGCAACACUUUUGUCAAUCAAAAGAAGACGUGUAAUUAACCUGGGUUUGAAACUCUGCAGUGUUCUGUAACAGCGGGACAAUGAAGAUGUGCCACAAAUGUCACAUUUAGAUACUGACACACCAAGACUCCUGAUUCCAGCCGUGCAAGUUUAGAUUGUCUUUCACUCUUCACCAAAGUGGUAGGCUUGUCACAGUUUGGUGUAUUAGAGGGUUGUGACCAAGUGGUUGGUAAGUUUAAACAAGAGAUUUUUUACAUUGUGUACAUUGUUUUGUAAAACGUCAACAAAUAAAUUAUUGAGCAACUUUGGCAUUUUC